CACUGCACAAAGGCGAGGACUUAGAUCACUUUUGGGCGUUAUUGAUCUUGGGGGUUUCUUUCGCGGAAAUUCCUAUGUUCUAUUCGGCCAUUGGGGGAGAUUUUGAGAACAUUUAUUUGCCGGUCUCCCUCCAAAACUACGGAAUUUUCAUCACUUGCAGGUUUUUCUUUGCGGUUUACUUGCUGGCUCGACCUGAAAAGAAAUAUAGGUUGCCCUGUUGGAAAUUGAAUUGCAUUGCUGAGAUCUGUUCAGUGGUGCUUGCUAUGGGUCUCGGUUUUGUUUUUCCGUAUCAGAUGGAAUGCCUCGGUAUACUCGCUUCCUGGACAGUGCAAUUAUAUGGGUAUUGUCAUUUGUGGUUUGGUUUUUUUUCCCAAGGGAUUUGGGAAUGUUAUGCCAUAGUACCAAUGCAGCUACUGACCUCCUCCAAUAUGAUCAAGACUAUUCAUCCUUUCCUCUUCUCUCUGAUGGCACUUGGCGGCUGGGCAUUUGUUUCUAUUAAUGUUGGUCUUACAUAUUCCGAGCUACUACAAGAACCAAAAGUAGCAAAGUCUGCGGAGGAGGAGUGAAUGAAGACGAUGCAUGGCAAAGAACAUGGUAGUUAUAGGGGAGUAAUACCGUGGAAAGUUGCACGUCGUACGAGUGCCUCCAGAUUGACAACCACCAACGAUAUGAGGUUUCCUUAGACCCUAAAAAUUGGUUGGUGAUGUCUAAGGGAGCCACAAGGACGAUUGCAAAAUCGUUCGAGAGAAAGGUCGGUCUUAUUGGCUACAGGUGGGCAGCCGUGAGUGAGCGUUUCAAAGAGUUUUAUUGGAGAGAGUUCCAUAAAAACGUCUUUUGGAACUUGCAAUAAAUGAUAAUGUCAUGAAGGGAGCUUUCAUCCGCAAGGCCACGGAUCAUUAUGGUGAUUUUCUUGGGAAUAUAAAAAAUUCAGAAAGGCUUAAAGGACAAGGAAAGGCCAGGGUGCAUGAGAGCAUAACCGCUGGUUGGAAGCAGAUGUGGGACGAGGAAACGUACUUGGCUCGGCUCUCUGUCAAAAAAAAAGGUGAAUAGGCAUGUAGGGGAUAUAAAUGCUCCGACACAACCCCCACACACUGGGUCAGUGCUCUUAUAGUGAGUCAAUGGAGAUUCUUGAAAACUACAAUAUUUUGAGAGAAGAAGCUAUUCGUGAGGGGAUUCAAGUGGCACCAAGAGAACUAUUCUAUGUCGCAGCUGAUGGGCAUGAUGCAAAGAAUCAUGUUUUUGGCACUGGUGCAGUUGCACGUAAAAUACCAAAGAAUACUCAACAACAGAGCAGACGAGCCAGCACAAGUAAUAUCUCUGACAUAGAGAACAAUGAAGUUGUUAACUUGCGCAAGGAAUUGUUGGAAUUCAAGGCAAUGGUCGAAGAAAGAGACAAUAAUAUAGUGGAGGAACUUAAACGCUUGCGCGGCCAUCAUGGGUUUCAAGUCUAUGCGGAGGAUUAUGAUUACAGCUUCUAUAAUGAGAGUAACAAUACUCAAACCGAGAUAUGGGGUGAUAGCAUAUCAAUAAAAGAAUUCACCCCAGAGCAAUGGACUGCUCACCAAGUUAAGAGCAUUGAGAAGGUACGAAAAUCAAAGGUAUCAUUUCAAAUAGUGGAUUCUCAAGGGAACCCAUUGCCAAAUGCCACAGUGACCGUGGCGAGCGGAAGGCCAAACUUCCCAUUGGGAUGCGCCAUCAACAGCAACAUCCUGAACAACAACGCCUACCAAGCCUGGUUCUUCUCCCGGUUCAAGUACACCGUCUUCGAGAACGAGAUGAAAUGGUACAGCACUGAGCCGUCCCAGGGCCGCGAGGACUACUCCGUGUCCGACGCCAUGCUCCAGCUCGUCCAAAACCGAGGCGUCACUCUCCGUGGCCACAACGUCUUCUGGGACGACCCCAAGUUGUUGCCCUACUGGGUCCCAAACCUCACCCCCAGCCAACUGUCUGCCGCUGCUUCCGAUAGGAUUAACUCUUUCGUCAAGCGGUAUGCUGGACAGGUGAUACAUUGGGACGUGGUGAACGAAAACCUUCACCAUCAUUUCUUCGAGGAGAAGCUGGGCCCGGGCGCGUCUGCGGAUUACUAUAAAUUGACGAGUGUUUUGGACGGGAAGGCGACGCCGUUUUUGAACGAUUACAACACGAUCGAGCACCAGGAGGACUCGUAUUCGACCCCGAGCAAGUACCUUGACAAGAUCGCGGAUCUCCGAGCCCAUGGAUAUAAUGGGCCUUUGGGGAUCGGGCUGGAGGCCCACUUUGGUGUCCCGGACUUGGCGUAUGUUAGGUCCGCCAUUGAUACGCUCGCCAGCACGAAUCUCCCCAUUUGGAUUACCGAGUUGGAUGUUAGCCCGCGAGCUAACCAGGGAAUACUAUUGGAACAAAUACUAAACGAGCUGGUGUCACAUCCGGCGGUGCAAGGCAUCGUAAUAUGGUCGGCGUGGAAACCGGACGGGUGUUACAAGAUGUGUUUGACCGACAACAAUUUCAAGAACCUGCCCACCGGAGACGUCGUCGACGGCGUCCUGAAAAGAAUGAGCGGCCAGGGUUUGGGCGGCACCACCACUGCCGGCGGCUACUUUGAGACUUCGCUCUUUCACGGAGACUACCAGGUGAUGGUGGAGCAUCCUUCUUUGGAGACGCCAACGGUGAAUCCCCUGGCUGUGACGCCGCCGAUCGCCGGCGCCGGCGAGGAGACCCAAAGCGUGAUUAACUUCAAAGUAUCUCUCCCAGUCUAGCUAGCUGAUGAUACGAUACGGAGGAGUAUUUUUUUCUAAACAUAGUUUUAAUCUAAUUAGAUGGUCGAGAGAGUAAUUAGUGCAUUUCGGUUUAAUUUUUAGUUCAUAUUGGGACGGUGGUCUUCGUUCAAUUCAUAAUUUCAUAUAUCUAGAUGCAUGUCUUUGAUUAUAUUUCCACUAGAAUAAUGAAAUUAUUCACAAGUU